CGGUGCAGAAUGUAUAUAAACAGUCACAGCGACCAUCCAAUAUCCACCAGUAGAAGACACAACAAGCAGCUGCGUAAACAAGAUGAAGCUCUGCAUCCUGCUCGUGUUUGGAACCUUGUUUGCCCUCAUUGACGGUAUGCCGCCAAUCAGCAGGGAAUACAACACCCACUGUCGGUGCCUGCAGGUGGAGUCAAGGAUCAUACCUCCGGACAACCUGAGGAGCAUCAAGCUUGUCCCGGAGGGGCCCCACUGUCCAGAGACGGAAGUCAUAGCUGGACUGGCAAGUGGGGAGAAGGUCUGUCUGAACCCUCGAUCCUCCUGGGUGAAGAAAUUGAUCCAGUUUGUUCUUGAGAAACAGUUGCAUCAGCAGGGAGGAGCAGUUCCCAAGAACCGGGGCUGAAACCAUGAUGAAAACAAUUCAAGCAAUUAAAAAAAAAAAAAAUCUCUCAUCUGCAGCCAUGAGCCACAACGUUUUACUUUAAGGAAUUACAAAAGCCGUUUUUUCUUUGUGGUUGGUGUUUUUUUUGUUUUGUUUUGUUUUUACGUAAAAUUUAAAAAAUGUUCAGGUUUCUGUUGUAAUUUCAACUUUCAGGACUGCCUCUCUCCUGGAUGUUUUACCUUUAACAUUUGACACAAAUCUUAAUGAAAUAAUGAUUGAGUUAUGGAUUUACAUUGUUUAAGAGCGAGAGAGAGAAAGAGAGAAAAGGUGUGUGACUUAAUGUUGAAAGAGCUUGUGUGCAAUAUAUAUUUAAUGGUGAUGAAAAAAGGCGAGAUUGGAAAUGUAAGUUAUUUGUCUGUGUAGACGUUUUUUUCGUGACAGAUUCUGUGUGAAAGCGUGAAAUAUGCAAUGUUGAAAUAUGUAACAUUUCAUUUCUAUUUAAUACUCUCUUUGUUGGAGCUUCUCGAACAAUGUUGAGAAAUGAUUUAUUCCUUUGGUAAGUUAAUCAAAAAGACUACUGCAAAAUCUGGUAUGUGGUUUUAAAGAAAAUAAACAUGUCAAAAGAGU